GUCAAGAACUAAAUGUCUGAACUUGUACAUAGGCAAGCUUGCUGAGGUGGUCUUUCCUGAACAGGUUUGGCCUUGAGAGAUGGCUCCUGAGAUUUAUUUAAAAGUACUUUGCUUGUUCUCAAUGAGCAUAUGCUGUGUUUAUACCCAAAAAGGUGAUGACUUUGGUACUCUGCAUCAAUACAACCCUACUACUGUUGCCAUUGGUGGCAGUUCCAGUUCAACCCAGAGCAGCAGCAGCAGCUAUGAGCCUACCUCAAACCAACCUGCUUCAGGCACAUACAGUUUUGUCCAGACCACACACUCCCUCAGCAGCUCCAACCCUGUUGUAAUCCAACCAACCUCCAGCAACCUCUUGCUAGGAUAUCUGAACUCAAGUAGAAACACCUCUAGUGCCAGAGCUUUAGCUUCAAGUACUUUUAGCUCUCACUCUGUUCCUAGUGAGAGAUUAAAGUAUGGCUUUACUGCUACUGGUGGCUUUGGAGCUGCCCAGAAUGUUGGUCCCCAGACGGUACAUCACAGUACCAGUGCUGCUUCUGCUGCAGCCAUUCCAAUCUACCGUCGCCAUUCCCAGAGUGCUUCUGCUCAGAGCACUGGUGCUCUGCCAUAUUACAGCAUUCCAACUAGCUAUCAUUCUGCUCCAGGUUUACUUCAGGAGAACUAUGGUUCUAGUCAGACUAAUGACAUUCAGGCUGAAUAUGGUUCUGGACCUUUGCUUGAAACAAGCAGGUAUGCUUCUUACCUUAUGGUGCCUUCUCAAGAUGGUGUUGGGCCCCAGCUUACUUUUGGUUCUGCUCAAACUAUAGCAUCCCGGCCUUACCCUAGUAUGCCUCAGUUCAGUUAUGCUUCUAAUCAAGAGAUGGGCUCUCGGCUUAUCUCUGGCUUAGCCGGUAGCUCUAGUUCUGCCAGGGGUCUGGGAUCGUACACAAACUAUGGCUUUGCUCAGCAAGCAGGAACCCAAGCCAUACCUAGUUCUGCACAAGGUAGUUCUGUAUUGCCUCAUGGCUUGAGGACUCAAGGUUAUGGACCUAGUCAGACAGCCUCUGGUUGUUCAGAGGGUGCAUAUUCUCAAUUGGGUUCUGGCUCAAGAUGGGUCACCAGUGGUUCAGCACCACACCCUGCUUCCCAGGAUAGGUGUGGCUCUUCCUUGGGUGCUGCCUACCAGACAAGGCAUGGCAUUGUUGGUACUUCCAGUGCUACACAGAACCUCAUUUCUCAGCUUGCUGCUCUUAAGCAUCAAACUGGCCAUGAUGUGUCACCAUGGGAAACAACUUCAGGUUCUGAUACAGUGAUACCCUCUGGUUCUGCACAGGGUAUGCAGUCACACCUUGGCUCUGGUGCCACUCAGCUCAGUUACACAUGUGAUCAGGCUUCAAGCUCUUGUGGUUCCCAGAGUGCUACUACCCACGGACUACAGAAUCACUUUAGUGAUCCUGGCUAUGCACAGGAUGUUUCCAAUGUUCAGGGUAUAUUAAUGCCAACUGGUCAGUGCAACCCUGUUCACCAAAACUUGGUGUCCCAGCUUUCCUCAAGUAUACCUCAUCUUGGCUAUACCCUUUUUCAAGGACCAGAUUCAACAGCUAUGUCUGCUGCCCAAGUUGCUGGGACUAGCUACAGUGCUGGUCAGCAUGCAACUUCUCAAGCUAGCUAUGGGUCCACUCAGAACAUGGGCUCUCAGACCAGGUAUGCUUUUCCCCAGAGAUAUGGCAUGGAGGCAAUGCUUCCUUCUAUACAAGGAAGCUCAGGCAUUACACAAAUCCUGAGCCCUCUGGAUUAUAGUUUGGGGCAUAUUGCUGACUCUAGUUCUGUGCAGAGAGUACAGUCUCAGCUUAGUUCUGGUCUGAUCAGUUCUGUACCCAGUUCUUCCUCCCAUGUGAGCUAUGGUUCUAAUGUGGGGCUAGGUUCUCAGGUCAGGUAUGGUUCCACUCAGGCUAGUGCUGACCACAGACCUGGCUCUCAUGGUUCCUCAAGCACACAUGGCUUGAGUGGUAGUCCCACUCUGCAAAACCUAGGCUCACAAAUGUCCUCUGAAAUCCCUCUGCUUGCUUACAAGCAGAGAUUGGUUGCUCAUGGUGUUUCUGGCUCAGCUGGCAGGUAUACUUCUCCACAUAGCUCAGGUGCCCACCAAACCACUGGAUCUGGUUAUGUCAGUUCUAGCUCUGCACACAACACUGGAUCUCACCAUGGCUCCAUGCCUACUGGCUGUGUAACUUCUUCCCAGGAAGAUGGUAGCCAGCUUGCUGUUGGUCAGCAAAUGGCCUCACAGGGAACUUCUAGGUCUGGUCAAGGUGUUGGUUACCAAGCUCAAACACUAGGGUUCCAGCUGAGGCCUAGAUCUGGUGCAAGUGGCUGGCUCCCUGGCAGUCAUAGCAGGAAAUACUGGCACAGCCUUCUUCGAGGCAAUGCUCAAUGACAUGAGUUUUGAAUAAGGUGUAAUUUGACAAAUCCAGGAUGUUUCUGGACUGCUGCCCACUUGAAGGUUUCUGAUGUGAGAUUGUGCAGUCAUUCACACUGACCUGUAAAUGACUUUCCUGUGGUACUUGAAAUAAACCUUGUUAAGUUCUAAGUUGAAUUCAUC